AGCCUCUCCUCUUAGCCAGUUCUCAAGUUAAUUCUCGGGGGUUCAAAAUUCAUCGGGAUCCCAUUCUCUCAGGUUCCUUUGGCUGCCCGAUCCUUGAACUUUUCUUUUCCUCCUCCCUUUCUCCUCUCCUCCUACUCCUACUCCUUCUCCUCCUCCAUACUCGUUACCUUCAGGCAUUGCAUUGCAUUCGCCGUUCACUGUGUUCAGUUUUGCUUGUUGAGAACGAAAGCCUUUGGGAAACUCCAACGGCUUUUACUCGACAUCUGAUUAGCUGCGCGCAACCUCGAAAAGCGAAAAGCGACAGGGGAAUCUUUGCUUAACUUUUUUGAUUUGAUUUGGAUCUCGAUUGAACCUUGCAUCGCUAUAUCUUCCCACCGAAAGUUUCCUCCCCACGUUACGAGGACAAUUCAGAGCUCAGGUACAUUAUCUGACCUGAUCUCUACCAACGCAACGCAGCUCAACUCAAUUCCCUGAUCUCUUGCUCUCCCCCAAAUUUCCAUCUUUUUGUGGCCUCCGACUCCGACCUGCGGACCCCUCCCUCCUUCCGCCCACAGCAGCAGCAGCCAGCCACAGCUCAACGCCUCCCUACCACGGACCUGGUCUAAAGAUAAGACAAAGGGCACAGCAUCCUCUUACACGAGACGAAGCGAGAACUGCACGAGGAUACAUCAUUUCUGCCACGGGCGCUCAACAAUGAGCGACCAUCCAGUCAUGCAGGUCGAGGACAAGAUCGUCCCCGGACCUUCUGUCACCAGCAACGAGACAGCUGUAGAGGAGACAGUCAUUCGACAAGAUGUGACUGUCAUCACAACAACAGACGAGGCUAGAGGCCCCAAUUCAGCCUUGAGCAGUACCGCCAAUCCCACUUCACCAACCACUGCUGCCCCGCGACCACGACUCAAGAAGGACAACAGCACGCCCAACAUGAACGGGCCACUCUACAUGCAGACUGCCGGGAACAAGACAGUGCUUGUCCGCCGACUUAAGCGCAAGGAGGAGAGCACCUGGAAGCAUCUCUCGCGCUGGUUUGUCGAGAACCAAAUCGGCCUCUCUUUUAACCUCCUCGCUCUCAUCUUCCUCGCCCAGACUUUCAUCCCCAAAGCUCGAGAACACACCCACAAAUUCUUCCACCUCAGCUACUACAGCUCUCAAUCCGGCCAGUAUCGCAUCGGUUACGAUGAUGCUUAUUUCAUCACCUUCUGCGUUAUUCUCUUCACCGGUCUUCGCGCCGCCACCAUGGAAUACGUUCUUGCACCCAUUGGUCGACUCCAGGGCAUCAGCAACCGCAAGAACCUGACCCGAUUCAGUGAGCAAGCUUGGCUUAUGGUGUACUAUACUGUUUUCUGGCCCUGGGGCGUGUACAUUUAUUGUACUUCCCCUCACUACAUGAGCAUGGAGAAUUUCUGGACCGACUGGCCUAACCGCGAGCUCGACGGACUCAUGAAGGCCUAUCUCCUCUGCCAGUGGGCUUUCUGGCUGCAGCAGAUGAUUGUUAUUAACAUUGAGGAGCGCCGUAAGGACCAUUGGCAGAUGUUUACCCAUCACAUUGUCACCACCGCUCUUAUCUUCGCUUGCUACACUUACCACCACACCCGUGUCGGUAACUUCAUCCUGGUUAUCAUGGAUGUUGUUGAUCUGUUCCUCCCUCUCGCCAAGUGCCUCAAGUAUUGCGGUUUCAAGAAAGUCUGUGAUGUCAUGUUUGGCCUCUUUGUAGUUUCGUGGUUCAUUGCUCGCCAUGUCCUAUACAUUGCGGUCUGCUGGUCCAUCUACUCAGACACUCCCCGUAUCAUGCCAACUGGUUGCUUCAAGGGGAACAACGAGAAUAUGAUUGGUCCCAUCGACCCUCCAGCCGGCUGGAAAUAUCUGGUCGACCCUUUCAUCAACCCUGAAGGCCUUGUUUGUUAUAAUGAGACGAUCAAGUGGAGUUUCCUUGCUCCCCUCCUCUUCCUCCAAGUCAUCACCAUCGGCUGGUUUACCAUGAUCGUUCGCGUCAUUAUCAAGGUCCUGAAGGGAGGCGAUGCUGAAGAUGUCCGAAGUGACGACGAGGGUGGCGAAGAGGAGGAGGAAGAGGAGUUUGUCUACGAAGAGGCACAGCCCCUGGAGGAGGAGGUUGGCGUCGAAGAGCUCGACCUCCGAAACUGGGAGCGACGAUCAGGCGUUAAGAAACAAGCCAGCAGUUCAGGAGUCAGCCUCCCUGGCCACAGUGAUCGAAAGGAGUUGUUAGGUCGUAUUGGCUGCGAGAAGCAGGUCGACUAGACGAAGCUAUGUGUUGGGAGUUUAACGGCAUUUUUCUCGUUCCACAUCCGAGUGAUGCUCACAUUUUUGAACCUUUUUUCCACUUUUAUGUUUUGGGCUUGCAUUUAUGGGAGGAGAUAUCUUGCCCGCUGUCUUGAUCACAACGACUUGGUAGAUGGGAGCUAACGAAAAAUAACCGAGGCCAGGAACCUCGUAGGGUCUGCAUUGGAGAGCUCCGCUAAAGAAUAGACGGCCGCCAUUAGAGACGACGAUUGCUUCUUUGCAACGAAGAUAAAAAAGAGUCCUUUUUUGACGAUUUCUAAAGGCUUUGGAUGGGAACACUUGAUCAUCUGUCUGCUUGGCUUUUCAAGAGAAGAAAGAUAGCCCAUUUGCGAAUGAUACCUCGAUUAUAACGCUGUCAAUGCAAUGAAUUACUUUAAUUGAACCUUUCAUCACUGCGCCGCCUUGUUGUCCUCGUCACCGAGUAUUUCCUUCGCAUAGUCCUUUAACUUGUACUUCUGCACCUUUCCACUUGGUGUCUUGGGAUACUCAUCGAUCCAGAACACAUACUUGGGUACGAGAUGCUUGGACAGCUUUGUCGCAACCCAUUGUCUUAACCCGUCCCUUGACAAAGUCCCUGGCUCUUCAGCGUUUGCUUUAUCAAUGGGCGCCUCCUCUGUAUCUUUCAUAUGAUCUAGAGGUGUCCAUCCUCGCGCAGGGAUAACAAAUGCAGCGACUGCUUCGCCAUAUCGCUCAUCAGGGACACCCACGACGCUGGCUUCUCGCACACCCUCAUGCGUGAGAAGACAAUCCUCCACUUCUAGCGGGUGAAUGUUCUCUCCGCCACGGAUGAUGAGGUCCUUGAUUCGGCCAGUGAUCUGCACGUAGCCUUGUUCGUCCAUCUCGGCUUCAUCACCAGAGUACAUCCAUAUUGUUCCGUCUUCCGGAUCCGGUUUGCGGACCUCAGCUGUUCGAGCCUCAUCCCCAUGGUAGCCCUCCAUGACAAGAUAACCCGCCGCAGCAAGCUCGCCUCGUUCUCCGAUGGGGAGGAUCUUGCCGUGAUCGAGGGGAUCUACAAUCUUGACGCCUGUGUGAGGCAUGACGCGGCCUAUGGAUGAGGUUCGUUUUUCGAAAGGAUCCGAGGGGCUGGUCAUGCAGCUCACAGGAGCUGUCUCGGUCUGGCCAUAGCAGAUAACUAGAUCCUGGAGACCAAGACGUUCGUAUAAAGUGUUCAUAAGAGAGGGAGGGACGCUGCUGCCAGCAGCAAUGCCCUUGCGUAGGUGACGAGGUGGUUGUGAGACGACAUUGCCUCGAUCCAGGGCCUCAAGAACAGCAACGAACAUGGUAUUUACACCAUAAAGACCCGUAGCUUCAUGGUCGACACACAUGCGAAGAGUAGCCUCAGGGUCAAACGCAGGGCUGGGGAAAAGAAUACCAGCGCCUGUCGUAGCCGUAGCCAUGUAUCCCAGCACGCAGCCGAAGCAGUGAAAUAGCGGGGGAGGGACCACGAUACGAUCAUCGGCGUGAAGACCCAUUCGAUGCGCUAUCAAAGCACCGUUGUUGAGAAUUGCGCGAUGUGAGAGCAUGGCUGCUUUGGGGAGCGAGGUCGUGCCCGAUGUGAAUUGGAUGUUGAUGACAUCGCUUGGUUUCAGAGGGGAGUCUGGCUUUACUGUAUGAACUGAGCCGUCGACUAGAGAUUGGUAGGGAGUGAAGGCCUGGCAUGAUUUGAGGUCGAAUUUGAUAUCUGGAUGGCUCGCCAGGUUGUCUAGCACCACAACGUUACGCAAAGAGGGGACCGUCUCGCUCUGGAUCUUGGACGUGGAUACAUCUCCCACAAUGCUCUGGAGCAAGUGCUGGUUACUUCGGCCUCUUCCUGGCUUGUAAGCCAGGUCCGUUACAGCGCCGAUGAUGAGCGUUUCCACAGAUAGAUGCUUCAGCGCUGCGGCUACUUGUUGCUCAUUGAAGCCUGGGUUCAGCGGCACGAGAAUAGCACCAAGUUUGAAGCAGGCGUAUGUUAAAGCUGCGAAUUCAGGGCCAUUGCCGAGAGAUACGGCCACGCAGUCUCCCUUUCGCACGCCGAGUGAAGAGAGAGAAUGUGCGAGGCUGUUGGAUAACGAGUCAAGGGCGUAGUAUGUUAGUGUUGACUCAUGGAAAUUAGGGCCUGGAGAACGGGCGAUGACAGCCUCGCGAUCUCCGU